AUGGAUGAUAUUUCACUCAACCCUGCCGCGUCGGAGAAUGUCCAGUCUAUGACUGGAUCAGAGGCUGCUGCAGACGCAUCCCAUGCCGCCAGUGGCUCCGAGGCGCAAUCGCGCCAAGAGUCGCCUGUGAAGAAGGCUGAGAACCUCGCCGGAUCUGAUAACCCUCUCGAUGCUCCGGCCUCCCCCAAACCCCAGAAUGGUGAUGCCGAGCCUGAAGAUGAGGAGAUGGGUGGCACCGAGACGGAUGCCAAGCGCGAUACUGAGGGCUUGGAGGAUGCUGCAGGAGAGUCGCAGCCCCCCGCCGAUGCCACCGAGGGUCUUGAAGAUGCCGUGGGUGAAGACCAGCCCGUGGCGACCAAGUCAUCCUUAGAAGCCUCGGCUCGUGACCACCUUGCCGUACAAACCCACGCUAUUAUUCUUCCCAGCUAUGCUAGCUGGUUUGACAUGAACACCAUCAACAACAUCGAGAAGAAGGCCCUUGCAGAGUUCUUCAAUGGCCGGAACCGCAGCAAGACCCCGGCUACAUACAAGGACUACCGUGAUUUCAUGAUCAACACUUACCGAUUGAACCCCAUCGAAUACUUGACUGUUACUGCUUGCCGUCGCAACCUUGCUGGUGAUGUCUGUGCGAUUAUGCGUAUUCACUCAUUCCUGGAGCAGUGGGGUUUGAUCAAUUACCAGGUUGACCCUCAAACUCGACCAUCCAACAUUGGCCCACCAUUCACCGGCCACUUCCGUGUUAUUGCAGACACCCCUCGUGGCUUGCAGCCCUUCCAGCCCGGCCCGCAACCCGUCGUCUCCUCUGGCAAACCUCUUGCGGCAACUGAGCGCGCUGUAUCUGCUACUCCCGCGAUUAAGGCUGAUCUGAGUCUCGACCUGCGCCGUAAUGUUUACGAUAGUAAGGGCAAGGACGCCACCCCCUUCUCUGACAAGGAGAAGCAAACAAACGGCGAAACGAACGGAACCGAGACACAAGAGCCCCGGAAGAAGUCACACUGCUUUUCCUGCGGUAUUGACUGCACACGGCUUCGGUUCCAUUAUGCCAAGGCAGCCCCGACCUCGGCCAAUGCCAGCACCCCGAACGCAAAAUAUGAUAUGUGCCCGAACUGCUUCCUUGAAGGCCGCAUGCCUUCCAGCCAUAACGCCUCGGACUUUGUCAAGCUAGAGGAUAAAGCACACUCCCACGUGCCUGACAAGGAUGCACCCUGGACGGACUCUGAGCUACUCUUACUUCUAGAGGGCCUGGAAAGCUUUGAUGAUAACUGGGAGCAGAUCGCCAACCACGUGGGUACUCGGACCUCAGAGGAGUGUGUGAUGAAAUUCUUGCAAUUGGAUAUCGAGGAUAAGUACCUUGAAGAACUGCCUGAGCUUCGUUCCGGUCCUGGUCGGGAGCCAAUUAGCGCCACAGAGAACCCUGUGCUUUCCGUGGUCGCAUUCCUGGCCCAGAUGGCGGAGCCCACAGUGGCUGCUGCCGCCGCCGGUCGCACCAUCGAGGAGAUCCGCAAGGAGCUGCGCAGCCAGCUUGAGAAGGGAGAUGCUAAGGGUAAGGAGUCAGUAAAGGCCGAGGACUCGAUGGAUGUAGAUCCCGUUCGCCAAGUCGAGCAGGCUGACAAGCCCAAGGAGUCGCUUGCCACCGUUGCUUUGGCUGCCUCUGCUGCUCGCGCUAGCGCCCUUGCUUCACAUGAAGAGCGUGAAAUGACUCGGUUGGUUGGGGCCGCUGUCAACGUGACUUUGCAAAAGUUCGAGAUCAAGUUGCAACAGUUCAACGAGAUGGAGGAGAUCAUCGAAGUCGAGCGUCGGGAGCUGGAGCAGGCGCGUCAACAACUUUUCCUGGAUCGCAUGGCUUUUAAGAAGCGCGUCAAGGAGGCCCAAGAUGCUUUGCAGGCUGUCAGUCUGCAGGGUCCCAACGAACAUACUAACACUAUGCUCGCAAGUGCUGCCACUGCUGGUAUUGGCAACCACUACAGCUUCCAGCCUAUUGGUGGAGAUGCUCGGGCUGGAGCUCAGCCCUUGAGCGCUGAGACUGGUGCCGAUUUCAAAACCCUCGACCUGUAA